AUGGGAUUUAACGACAGGCUAACAUCCAAGAACAUCCAUGGAAAUUCAAGUUUUAGGGAAGAGGCAACUGGGAGCACGUUCAGUUUUAUCAGUAAAGAAACAGUCAAGUCUGAAGAUGAUGCCACAUUUAACAACCACCAAGGCUGGCAUGGCACUUCAGCGAGCAAAAAGGGCCUAUCGAAGAAAUUUAGAAGUGAGGCUUUUGUGAUUGGCUCACGACUUCCCCAAUGGAGGCUCCGGGAAGCUUCCCGCCACCACUGGCGCCCUCUUCGAACAGCCGCGCUCUCUCAACUGCGGGCGACUUCUCAACCGACCUUGUGGGAGGUGGGUUUUCCGCCCCGUAGCUCCGCCCAGCCGGCGGGCCCAUCGAACAGCGGCGGCGAUUGGAGGAGGCGGCUGCUCGUCGAGUGGCGGAGUUUGCGGGCUAGAGUGUACCCGGAAGGUGCUCGCGGACUGGAAGUCGGGACCGCGGGUGGUUGGAGGCGACUGCAGUCUCACGGCCAGGCCGGCGGCUGCGGGAUCGGGACCCACCUUCGAGUCUCCUGUACUGGGGCGGUGCGUGCUGGCUCCCUGCUCGGUCCUCAGCCUGGGCGUCCCGUAGGCAGACCUGUGCGCGCCCGUGGUUCCUGGAUCCCGGGCCCAGCUCUUUGAUAAGGGC